AUGUCGACGCCAUCGGCUAAGACACCAACAAAAACGGCAGCUACAACGGCAACUGGUAAAAAGGUCAUUAAUUCACAUUCAAAUCGUACAUUGAAUAACAAUGGUCUUAUGCGUUUUUCACGUGGUCGCAUGUUCCAUCGACGUGCUUUAUAUCGUAUCAGUAAAUGGAAAACUGACCAGGCUAAAUUAAAAGGAGAUAAAACAAAGAAAACAGCUGGUAGUAUUAAAAAGAAAAAAAGUACAUCAGCACUUAAAAAGAAACCAAUUGGUGGAGAUCGUAAUGGAAAAGAACGUCUUGUACGAACAAAACGAUUUCCUCGUUUUUAUCCAACUGAAGAACGACCAAAGAAAUUUAGCGUUAAACGUAAACGAUUCGGUGAUCAUCCACGCCGUUUUCGAUCAACACUUACACCCGGUACUGUCGUUAUUCUUGUUGCUGGUAAACAUGCCGGAAAACGUGUCGUUGUUGUUAAACAUUUGUCAUCUGGACUUUUAUUAGUUACUGGCCCACAUAAAUUAAAUGGCGUACCAUUACGUCGUGUCAAUCAAAUUUAUGUCAUAGCAACAAGCACAAAACUUGAUUUAUCAUCGGCCAAAUUUGAUAAUUUAGAUGAUAAAUUCUUCAAACGUGUUCGUCCGGCCAAGAAAAAUGCUGAGAAAGAUAUCUUCGAUUCUAAGAAAGAGAAAACACCACUUAGCGCUGAACGCCGCGAAGCACAACGUACCACCGAUGUCGCAGUUCUUAAUGCAAUUAAAGCUCAUGCCGACUCAAGACUCCUCCGUCGGUAUCUUAAGAGUCGUUUUCAACUUUGGAAUGGUGUUUUACCACACAAAUUGAAAUUUUAA